AACCCAGACGUAUACAGUUCUGAAGAUACUAAAUGUAAGUGUGGUAAAACUUGCACAGACGUUCCUAUUCGUUAGUUAGACAGUUUCAUAGACUUUGCCAUGGAGAUGACUGGAGACAAGACCCUCCCAAACAAAAACAUGCAUUGAAAACACAUCAGUUAAUGUCCUACAUCAUCGUGACUGUGUUCAUAUGCACUGAAUUAUUCUUCGCCAAGAAGCAGAAUUUUGGACCGUUAAAAGUCACCGUACAAACAAAACAAACAAAAUACGCACCGAUAGAAUUUCCUCGCCGAUUCAUUUCUACCGCAAAUUUAGCUUAUCUAAACGGAAGAAGCCCUUAUCGAACCACCAGCCAAACUGAGAAUAUUUAAAGAAAGAAUUCAAACUUCAUUGCAUUAAGAGUUAUCAAUAACACGCCUGAGUGAAUUAACAGCCAAGCAUCGUGCAGUUGAUUUCGUGUCAGAAAUAUGACGUCAACAACAAACACAAUUGUCGUGGAAUAAUGGCCACCGGUCGGAAGAAAGUCAACUUUCAUAAGAAAAUAUUUCUCGCGCGAGAAUCUCUUUAAAUGGACGAUCGUGAUGUGAAAAUGUCGAAAAGAAUACCGUCUUUAUAAAACCGCUUUCAAAAUCCAAAGGUAAGGUACUAUUUUCAAAAAAUAAGUCAAGUUCAUUAACAGUGAAGAACACAAAUGUAAAGCUAUACAGCGAGAAAUUAUCGUAACAGUUGAGGGGUUUUAACCACGCAUCAGUUGUGCAGGUAUUCGGAGUGUUAAAGGAAGCCAAAUAUCAAAAAGUUCGUGAUGUUUUAAAGACAAAAAUCCGGAAAAGAGGGAACAAAAUCAACAAAUUUUAUUCUGCAUUAGUUGAACCUGCAUCCGAGAAAAGGCAACUGAUCAGUGCACCAAAUCGCGAAUCGCUCCAAUUUUUCAUCAAGAAAGAGAACGUUCAGGCAAGCCCCCUCAAAAAACGAAAACUUAAAAAUUUCAAACUAAAUCAAACGUCCUACACCUCAAAAACUUGCAUGGUUUAUAGAGUAAACGGGACUUUCGUUUAUGGGCUUUGGGAAUGGCCAUUAUCUCCAUGCAAUCUGUAAUCAAUUUGGUGAGAAUCGUUUUACUACUGGAAAUAACAGAUGUCUUUUCGAAGUCAACAGGCUUUCAUCUCUAUAUGAGCAAGCAAGAGCUCGCUCGCUAUUUUGGAACUGAUGAUCACGAAGAAGUCCCGGAUUAUGAAGUCGUGUAUCCAAAGAGAAUGGGACAGAAUGAAGAAUCCAAGAGAGAAAAAACGAACUACUUACAUUUUAACAUAAAGGCAUUUGGCGAUGAUUUCAAUCUUCACUUGAAACGAAAUGACAAAUUGCUUGCCAAAGACAUGCGGGUUGAAUUUCUUGGUCAAAAUGGCAAGAUACUUCGAAAAGAGAAAGUGAAAGACUGUUUCUAUCAUGGUCAUUCGAAAAAUCAUCCCACGUCGAAGGCGGCAAUAACCACUUGCAAUAACUUGGCGGGAGCCAUACACACCAAUGACCAAUCAUAUUACAUUGAGCCGUUGCCAAAACACAUUGCUCAGCGGUACAAAAGAGCCCAAACCAAUGCUGGUACUCCUCAUAUCAUUUACAAAAGUGGAUCGUCGAGAAUGCGUAGACAUGCAGCAACAAAGAACAGCAAAAACAGAGAGCAUUUUUGUGGAACUGAAGAUAAUCCAAGAUUACGCCAUCCGCGUGACCUUGAAAAUGACCCGGAACUAAUGAGCACUGACGUCAGCAAAGACCCCGAGCGCUAUAUUGAGACACUGAUUGUGGUGGAUGAGAAUAUGUGCGCCUUUCAUGGCGAAGAUGCCGUGAAGCAAUUCGCUCUGGCGGCAUGCAAUAUAGCAGCAGGAUUGUUGAAAGAUUCCACCAUUGGUACCAAUCCAAUCAACCUGGUCAUCACUAAAAUGCAGAUUCAUACCACACCACAGGAUGGCUUCCUCAUAAAUAACCAUGCCAUGAAUUCGCUGUCAAACUUUGGAAGAUGGGCAGAAAGGAACACGGUGCCCGAUGACACGGAUCCCCAACACUAUGACUACGCUACAUUGUUUACGAGAACGGAUAUUUGCAAGGAUAAGAACCAGCCUUGCGAAACGCUUGGUGUCACGAAUGUUGGUGGAAUGUGUCGUUUUCCAAACUCGGUGUCAAUUUGCGAAGACAACGGCCUGACGAUUGGAAGAACUCUCGCACAUGAAACAGGGCAUUCCCUUGGUAUGAAUCAUGACCGUAGACCAUUUUGCGGGGACAGCAAGAAGAUAAUGUCUUGGCAUCCGGAAGGAAAAGACGCUUACAAAUGGUCAAAAUGCAGUCGCAUGUUUUUGAAGCAAUUUCUUGAUUCGAGCAAAUCUCGUUGUCUGGAGGACAGGCCUACGACAAGAGAAACAAUAAACUUACAAGUCUACAAUGAUCCGGGAUUGCUAUACAGUGCAGAUCAACAGUGCGCGUUGGCCUUUGGGAAUGGGGCAAAAUACUGCGAAGAUACACCAUCAGAGGAAAUUUGCAGUCAAUUAUGGUGCAGCAUUCCAUAUGGAAAAAGCAAAGAUUGCCAAAAUCUAAAUGAACCAUUGGCAGACGGAACAGUUUGCGGUGAGCUCAAGAGGUGUAAACAAGGUGUAUGUGUAAGCCAGUUCACAGAAGACACGGAUGCCGUAAAUGGUGGAUGGUCUGACUGGUCUCCAGAAUAUACAGAAUGUACGCGGUCUUGCUCCGGUGGUGUUCAAUACAGAACAAGACAAUGUAAUAAUCCAUUACCAACAAACGGUGGCAAAUUUUGCGAAGGGGAAAACAGAGAAUACCGUCUGUGCAAUACAAAGAAAUGCACAGAUAAAACGGAUUUUAGAAUGUGGCAGUGCAAACAAAAGAACCUAGAAAUGUUCAACGACAAAUUCUUUGAAUGGGAAUGGAGACCGUCAAAUCUAAUGAACAAGUGUACGUUGGGAUGUUUUAUAAAAAACACAAAUCAAGGCUAUGCCUUUGGAAAUGUCGAGGAUGGGACGAAUUGUGAAACAGAUUUCGAUGGAAAAUGUGUGAACGGUGAAUGUAUGCGUAUAGGAUGCGACGAUGUGAUUGGCUCUUCGGCCAAACUUGACCGUUGUGGAGUGUGCAAUGGUGACGGCAACUCAUGUCGUUAUGGCAACGGAAACGACAACAUAAUAAAAGCAUAUCUUAAAGAAAAAUACGAAAAGCAAGGGGAGAGCUUCAACAAGACGUUAAAAUUGCUCCAAAAUAUGGGCUAUAAUAUCUCGAAGUCUUUAAAUUUGAACAUAAACGAAGUUGUAUCUGAUUUUAACUGGGCCAUUAUGAAAUCAGGGUGCAGUGUAACCUGUGGGGGAGGUAUUGAAACAACAACGGCAGAAUGCCGACGUUCUGACGAUGGAUCACCAGCGACAGAUGAAAAAUGUGAAGCAAAGAAUAAACCAACAGAGAAAAGAAGGAAAUGCAACACGAAGCCAUGUGAACCAGAAUGGCGUGCAGAAAGAUGGUCCGACUGCACUAAGACAUGUAAUGGUGGUAAAAGAACAAGACAUGUGAAGUGCAUUCAGAUGGUUGAUGGUUCCAUUGAGUAUGAUAUUGAAGACGAGCUAUGCGCCCACCAAACCAAACCCACUACAACAGAGAGCUGCAACACGCAUGAAUGUAGGCCGGAGUGGGUGGUGGAACCUUUUGGAGCAUGUUCAACAAGCUGUGGCCAGGGUCUACAAACAAGGAAUGUAACAUGUCGAAAGGUCAAUACAAACGGAGAGACGGUCGACUUGGAGGAGGAGAGAUGUGCUGAAUCAGUGAAACCGCAAAAGGAGGAAUUUUGUAACGUCCACAACCCGUGUCCCGGUGAAGGAGAAUGUGGUGGAAAAUACACAACGAACAAAGGUUUCAUUACGAGUCCGGGGUUUCCAAGCAACUAUCCACUCAACAAGGAAUGUGUUCACGUCAUCAGCGUCGAUGAAGAUAAACUUGUUAAGCUGGUUUUUGAAAGUUUCGAUCUUGAAGAUGGCGGAGGAAAAUACAAGGACGGAAUGUGUGGUGGAGAUUUCGUCAAGGUUGUUGAUGGUGAAUGCCAUGAUAAAGGUUCAGAAACUCGUUACUGUGGUAACAAGCACGCUCUACCGUUCGUGGCUACCGGUAACAAGUUAUGCGUGAAGUUUUUCUCUGAUGAUUCAAAAACAGGAAGUGGUUUCAACGCAUCAUUUGAAGCGGUGGAUCCCCCAGCUAUGCCUAGGGAUAUGUGUGGAUCAACAAUAACAACAUCAACUGGCAUGGUAACGUCACCCAACUAUCCAGAGCCGUAUCCAGCCAAUGAAGUUUGUAAUGUGACAAUUAGAACACUGGAGGGGCCGAUCGCGAUGAACUUUCAGUAUUUUGAUGUUGGAGAAGAUGAGAGCUGCGAUGAAAAUUAUUUGCUGGUCAAAGGGGAUCAAUAUGAAUCAAAAUUUUGUGGAAGCAAUAAACCAAACACCUACAAUGUUACUGGCAACACAAUAAAACUUAGCUUUAAAUCUGGUCAACAGAAUGAGAAAAAUCCCGGCUUUGUCGCCAGUUACAUUUCAGGAAAAGAUAAUAAAGACUUGGAAAAUAAUAAAGUAAUUGAAAGCUACGAUACUCGAAACUCAUCGGAUGAAGAUAUUAAAACACUGAAAAGCAUUCGAGACACCAUAGCAAGGCCACAAUCCAAGCGAAAUAUUUCCGUUAGUUUUCUGCCAAUACCAUCGAAUUCCUUGGAUAGAAACGAAGUCGCAAAAGAAGAGGUCAGCAGUAUCUCAUCGCCUCCUACUGCGUCCUCACAGUCGUUAGAAAAACAAGGCCAAAAGACGAACGAAACAAAAUCAGCAGUUUCAGACAGUACAAAGUUCAAGAUACAAAACGAUACACGGCUAGCGAAACAAGCAUCGAAGAAAACACUCGUCAGACCGCUACAGAGUGUUUUAGAACAAUCUGGAUCGUUGAUAACGAGAGGUGAAUGUCCGCAUCCAUCCAGAUUAUCCUGCCUAAACGUUCUGUAUUCCUACCCGUGCCAAGAUAACAGAGCUUGUCAAUUAAGGGGAAUGGAUUGCUGUCCAACAAGCUGUUCAUAUGGGCCAAGUAUGUGCGUGCCAAAAGUUUGGAGAGAGUGUCCUUUAAUGACGCCUUACGUUGGUAAAAUUCAACAACAUUGUGUAACAACGGCAGACUGUGGUCCAAAUCAGAUAUGUUGUAUAGACAUGCUAGCUAGACGUUACUGUCACGAACACGAGGCAACGGACAAAUAAAUGACAUCGCUUAGCUCAAGUCUUUGGAACUUUAAAAAGUUUUCUCAUGAAAACUAAUGAUGCCUUAAACUCGUGGUAUCCAUUGUUAAAGAAAUAUGCCGUAGAAGCAAAUUUCAAGCUAUAAAUGAAAUGUUAUGUUUUCAAUCAAAUAUGCUUUCAUUUACAAUGGUAAUUUGCAACCAAACAAAACCUAUCAUAAAAAACAAAAUCUAACAUGUACAUGCAUGUCUGCUAUACAGAAGAAUAUGUAAGUAUAGAUAUGUGCAUAUGUAAGUGUGAUAUUUAGAUUCGAUUAUUUAGUUUUGUACUUAGCCUGCAAACGGCAAAAACGCUUACCAUGCAAACUCGCGUAUGUAAUAAGAAAUACUAUAGUUUUUGAAAUUCAUUUCAA